AUGGAGACAAAAUUUUUCGAAAUUGGAAAUCUCGGUCUCGGAAAUAUUUCCGAAGAGUGCAGCGAAAAUGCUUUUGUGGCUAAGACUAUAACAUAUGGAGUUAAACAUCUUCCGUCACAUAAGGGCAAGCAAGGUUCUUCCCGACAAUGA